AUCUCUGGUCACUCCUAACUCCAGAAUUGCAAAAGAAACACAACGCUUCUCAUUUUUCUCCAAGUAAUAAAACAAGCAAGGAAAAAUGGGCGAACGCUAUAACAUCCAUAGUCAGCUAGAGCAUCUGCAGAGCAAAUACAUCGGUACGGGACACGCGGAUACCACAAAGUUCGAGUGGCUGACUAACCAACACCGCGACUCCUUGGCCAGCUACAUGGGACACUAUGAUAUUCUUAACUACUUUGCCAUAGCGGAGAACGAGUCGAAGGCGCGGGUGCGUUUCAACCUGAUGGAGCGGAUGCUGCAGCCAUGUGGACCACCACCAGAAAAAUUAGAGGACUAAGCAUUAGAAAAUAAAACAAAAAUAAUAAACAAAUUUAGAGAACGAAAA